AUGGAGGUUGCAAUUGCUCUUGGAGUCGAAAAGCAUGAAGUAAUCGGAGAUUCAAACCUGGUAGUCUCUCAGGCCAACGGAGAUAGGAAGAUUCCUCACUUCAAUAAGGUGCCUUUCACCCAUGUUCCACGCUUGAAGAAUCAGUUCGCUGAUGCUUUGGCAACUUUGGCUUCAAUGAUCGAUCUUCAAGUGGGAGUCAAGCUGCUACCAAUCGUGAUUGAACAAAGGGACUUCCCCGCAUAUGAGUACAUCAAUGCCAUCGAUGAUGUUGAUGAUGGCCUACUUUGGUAUCAUGACUUAUGGAACUUUGUCGAGCGUGGGGAGUUUCCCGCUAAGGCCACCAGAAAGGAUCGAGUCACCUUACAAUGGUUAGCUACCCAGUACAUCGUUUAUGGAGGAAAACUGUAUCAGAGGUCUCAUUAUGGGAUGCACAAGCUGUGUGUCAAUGGCGUUGAAGCAACUAAGAUAAUGGAGGAGAUUCAUGAAGGAGUCUGCGGUCCUCACAUGAGUGGUGUUAUGCUUGCUAGGAAGAUCCUAAGGCAAGGCUAUUUUUGGUCUACAAUGGAGUCUCAAUGCAUCGACUACGUGCGACGGUGUCACAAGUGCCAAAUCCAUGCUAACCUACAACAUCUCUUUCUAUCAACUUUGUAUGGCAUGACUUCACUUUGGCCUUUCUCUGUUUGGGGCAUCAAUCUCAUCGGUAUGGUUCAAUCUUCUGCUUCAAAUGGUCACAAGUUCAUCCCAGUGGCGAUAGACUAUUUCACCAAAUGGGUCGAGGCUGAAUCUUACAAGACUUUGACAACGGUUCAAAUCCAGAUCCAUCAUUCAACAGUCUAUCGUCCACAAAUGAAUGGAGCAGUCAAGGCCGCAAACAAGAAUGUCGAGGUGAUCAUUAAGAAGACCGCUGAGUCUGCAAGGGACUGGCAUGAGCAACUGCCUCUAGCACUUUGGGGAUAUCGAAUGUCAAUCCGAACUUCAAUUGGAGCAGUGCUUCCAUCCCUAGUCUAUGGGAUGGAAGCAGUGCUUCCCAUCGAGCUUGAAGUACCGUCACUGAGAGUCAUGGCAGAAUGUGGGUAUCAACGGCGAAUCGCUCGUGCAUUCAACAAGAAAGUGAAGUCCAGGGACUUAAUAGAAGGGGAUAUGGUUACAAAGAAAAUCCGUGCUCCGGUGUUUGAUCCUUGCGGGAAGUUCCGACCAAAGCGUUCUAGGCCUUACAUUAUCAAGACCAUCCUAUCUGGGGUGCUGCUAAACUCAUCGAUCUCGACGGAAAUGAAUUCAAUACUUUGGUCAACCUAG